CUACUGACACACACGUCCUCUUCCGGGUGUGUUUGAAAAGACUUUCUCUGAGCUGUGGAGGGACUCGCUGUGUGUCGAAUGAUACACACAGCAACUGAAACUCAAGCCAAGAUCAUUUUUAUGAAACGAGCUGUGCAACAGGAAAGAGAACAGUUGUAAUCUCUGUGCAGGAAUGUCAGAAGCUAGUUUUGACUCGGAGAAGAAUGCUUCACAGGAUAAUCAAUCGGACCCUAAAGAACAGGGCCUCCAAAAUACUGCUGAAUCUCUGAGCCAAUCAGAGGCCAGAAAAAACAGCCUGGAUGAGUCGCACAUGACUGAAAUUGACAUCAGUGAGAACAAUGAAGUUGGAAACCACAAUUAUACUCCUAGUGAGGAUGGUGAUGAAGAUGAAGAUUCUCAGACCCACAGUAAAACUAGUGGAAUCACUCAGGAUAAUCCUAAUUCUGAAAGAAUGAGCAGUGUGACGACAAAAGCUGAAGUGAAGGUGGCUAUGGCAGAAGAGGCCCACAGAAGCCCUGCUGCCCAAAUCUCAGUCACCAGAAACGGAGAAGCAGACAAAAGUCACGAGGAAGUGUUUCAGAGGGAUGUGCCACAUAAUAUCUCUGGACCAAUCAUGUCACACUCCCACAGUUCACCUGAAAACUAUGCAAUGAAUGAGGGAGUGGUCCAAGUGGGUCCAUACACAGGGUCGCCAUUCCAGGCCACCACACCUACAGUUGUCCCCAGUCCUGCAGCAGCCAGCCGGCUAGCUCGCAGCAUCAGUGAUAGUCAGGUGGAGACACAGAAAGGUGCUUUGAGAGAGCAGCAGAUGGGAGGAGCAGUAGUCCUUGCUGAUGACAUAAAGAGUCCUGCCAUAGAGAAACUGGAGCUGGUGAGGAAGUGGAGCAUCAACACUUACAAAUGCACUAAGCAAAUUCUGUCGGAGAAGUUAGGUCGGGGCUCCCGUACAGUUGAUCUGGAGCUGGAGGCUCAGAUCGAGGUUCUUCGUGACAACAAACGCAAGUACGAGCAUGUUGUCAAACUGGCACAGACGCUGUGCACUCAACUGGCGCAGAUGCUGCAGACGCAAAGACAUCUAGGUGAUGCGUUUGCCGACCUUAGUCUCAAGACACCCGAACUACAUGAGGAAUUUGGCUACAAUGCUGAAACUCAAAAACUCCUGGCGAAAAAUGGAGAAACCCUGUUGGGAGCUAUCAACUUCUUCAUCGCUAGUGUUAAAACUCUAGUGGAUAAAACUAUAGAGGACACCUUGAUCAACAUUAAGCAAUAUGAAGCAGCAAGGGUUGAGUAUGAUGCGUAUCGCACAGAUUUAGAGGAGCUCAAUCUGGGUCCACGGGACGCCAACACACUCCCCAAGAUUGAGCUGUCUCAGCAACAGUUCCAGAUCCAUCGUGAAAAAUAUGAAAAGAUGCGCAAUGAUGUCUCUGUCAAACUGAAGUUUCUGGAGGAAAACAAGGUGAAAGUUUUGCACAACCAGCUGAUUCUCUUCCACAACGCCAUUGCAGCGUACUUCGCAGGCAACCAACAGCAGCUGGAACAGACCCUUAAACAGUUCCACAUCAAGCUAAAGUUACCAGGAGGAGAAACCCCCUCUUGGCUGGAGGAGCACUGAUUGAGUCACGUUGUAUGAUCCAGAGUGGAGGGCAGAGUACGGCAUAGCUGAAAUACGUGCACUCCUAAAGGAAACCAAAUCAAAACAAAAAAAAGCAAAAAUGUUUCUAUCACUCCUUUCCCUAUUUACUCUUUACAGGACACUAAAACCUGUCAAUAAAUGUCUAAGACAGGAAACCGUUUUGAUAAAAGAGAUUAAUAUUUAGCUCCUCUCUUUAUCCUUGUUAUGUCUGACUUGUCACUUGAAGUUUAGUUUUUAAUAAAUGCUUUUUCUUUUGUCAGAGAGUUUGCACUCUCUUGCACAACAAAAAGAAAAAACAAUCUUGUUGUUUCUGAAUCAAGUUACCAGCACUUUAUGGUAUACAAAAUACAGACAAAUUAACAGGAAGCAGAAAGAAAUGAGGCACCCUGUGAAUGUUGUAGAGCCUUUAAUGUAGUUUUUACGCAGAGAUGAUUCAAAAUCAAAUUGAUCUUGGAAUAAAAGGCAUUACUAGUCUGAGACUUAAUUCCUGCCUUUUCACCCUUUUCUACACCUCACUUGUGUCCACCUCUCCUAACCUUUCUUAUCGAGCUGCACUGUUAUAUUGUCAAGUACAAUGGCAUAAAUUUCCACACUGCCACCUUCAAGGGCAUGUUGAACUGAAAAGUUGACCAUUUUAGUACAAACUUGAAGUUUUGCUAUGAUGCGUUUGCUGUUCUCACAAUUAAAAUGGAAAAAGGGCAGGAUAAUUGGAGGUUAUAAAUGCUUAAUCUUUGGCUUUUUAUCUUUAAAGUUUGCUAAAAUUUUUAAAGUAAACCUUUUGUAGAUCCCAUGGGAAGGGGAUGGGUCUUCAUUUCUGACUUGAUGUGCCUUGCUCUUUGUCAAUCAUCAAUUUUAAUCAUCUUCAGUGUUGUCAGGAGUUGCGAAAAACAAAUAUACUCCCAUUGCUAUCCUACAGACUAUAGAGUGGACCAAUAAACACAGCCAUAUGUGCAGCCCUGGAUAAUCACACAUGCGUAUACAUAGACCAGCAACCUUUAUUUAACUUGACAUUUACAGUCUGUGCUAUCUUUUUCUUUUCUUUUUUUUUUUUCUUUUUUUUUCAAUCUCUCCUUGCAUUCCGUUUCUUCAAUAACUAAGCCAGGAAACUAUUUUGUACAAAAUGUAAACCAAAUUAAUUUGACAUGAAAUACCAUGUCAGCUGCCUCAGCUGUUUAUAUCUGUUUGGGUUUUGUUGUUCUUUCUCUGUGCAUCUUUCUUUCUUUCUUUUUACAUGUUGAAGGAAGAAGAGCUUUUCUGAUUAUUAUAGCAAGGGUCCAAUAAAUUUAACUUUGUAAAUACAGAAGUAUAACAUUUGAUUAAAUUAGAUUAACCCAGUACCAACUCAGAUGCUAAACUUGAAAAGCCUUAGAUUUGGACAUUUAAAGAAAUUCUGCCAUAGCAGUAUGUAGCUGGGGGAAAAUGUCAAAGGAAAUGAAUGUAGAACAAAUUAAUAUAAAAAUAGAUAAAAUAUGGAUGCCAAAUGGAAUGUUAUGUUUUACUUAUAGCCAGAAUUCACAAUUAUGCAGUUGUUUAUUCUUGGAGACUCUUAAAACAUCCUCAAACCUUGUUUUCCUGGUCUUGCCUUCUUUCAUUUGAUGAACUACCUUUUAGUUUCUGUGUGAUUUUCAGUUCUGUCUUAACAGCAGACAGAUACCAAUGUACAGUAAACGUAUGUGAACUGACUGACAUGCAUAGACACAAAUAUAUAUUUGUAAAAUCUUGUAUUUUACUUUGGGUAUAAAGAAUUUUGCUGUGUGCUUUUUUGAGGAUUUGUUGAUAAAUAAUGGACUGGGUGUUUAAGGGCAAAAAGACAAAGUCCUGAAUGUUGAAUCAUGGGAGACUAUAAUAAAAUUUUUCAUUCAUAA